AUGUUCCAAUUGUUACCUUUACUACUGACGGGUUUAAUUGAAACUACACUGGUUGCAGUGCCAAUAAUGAGUAAAAGUGAAAGUGGUCGAGGAGGCUUAAUAGUGAAUGUAGCUUCAGUUUUAGGAUUAGAACCCGGUCCAUUUGCUGCUGUCUAUUCAGCUACUAAACAUGGAGUGGUUGGUUUUACGAGAUCACUUGCGGAUCCACAUUACAAUAACAUAACAGGAAUUUCAUAUAUUGCGAUUUGUCCUGGUGCCACCGUUACUGGUCUGUUAGACACAUUUGUAGGCGUUGAUACGUUUGAGAUGUCAAAGCCCAUAAGUGAAAGAAUUAUUAAAGCAAAAAAUCAGACUGCUGAAGAGUGUGCAGAAGCAAUGAUGCAAGCUAUUGAAAAGGCAGAAAAUGGUAGCGUGUGGAUCUGUGAUUUAGGCAAAUGUGAAAAAGUGGAAAUGCAUAAAUACUGGUCAUAUAUUUUGGAUUAAAACAAAAUAUCAUAUAUCUUUUAAACUUAUGUGAUUGAAAUUGGAUUUCUCUAAAAAAGUAAAAUAAAAUAAAAUUACUUUAAACCA